UAUCUAUCCGUCUUUUCUCCGAUCGCUGAAUCUUGAGGAUCUCUAGAUUUUCUCAUCUCUGUAGAGUCCUCUGGUUUUCGGAGUUCUUGUGAGAGAAUCUAGGGUUUUCUGAGACUCUUUGAGUUUAAAGAUGCAACAAAGUCAGGAGAAGAAGAACAUGAAAGAAAUGGAGUUUUUCACUGAGUAUGGUGAUGCUAAUCGUUAUCGGAUUCUUGAAGUCAUUGGGAAAGGAAGCUAUGGAGUUGUUUGUGCAGCUAUUGAUACACAUACAGGAGAGAAAGUUGCGAUAAAGAAGAUUAAUGAUGUCUUUGAACAUGUCUCUGAUGCUCUUCGUAUUCUUCGUGAGGUUAAGCUUCUACGGCUUUUAAGGCACCCUGAUAUUGUUGAAAUCAAAAGCAUCAUGCUUCCGCCUUCUAAGAGGGAGUUUAAAGAUAUUUAUGUGGUUUUUGAGCUCAUGGAAUCGGAUCUUCACCAAGUCAUCAAAGCUAAUGAUGAUUUGACUCGUGAACACCAUCAGUUUUUUCUUUAUCAGAUGCUUCGUGCUUUGAAGUAUAUGCAUACAGCUAAUGUCUACCAUCGCGAUCUUAAACCGAAGAACAUAUUGGCAAAUGCAAACUGCAAGUUGAAAGUCUGUGACUUUGGACUAGCAAGAGUGUCGUUUAAUGAUACACCUACAACAGUCUUUUGGACGGAUUAUGUUGCCACAAGAUGGUACAGGGCACCGGAGCUCUGUGGAUCGUUCUGUUCUAAGUAUACUCCAGCAAUUGACAUUUGGAGCAUUGGCUGCAUCUUCGCUGAGGUAUUAACAGGGAAGCCUUUGUUUCCUGGAAAAAGUGUUGUCCAUCAGUUAGACUUGAUUACCGAUCUUCUUGGCACACCAAAAUCAGAGACCAUUGCUGGAGUUCGAAAUGAAAAGGCUAGAAAAUAUUUGAACGAAAUGAGGAAGAAAAAUCUUGUCCCCUUUUCUCAAAAGUUUCCUAACGCCGAUCCUUUAGCAUUGCGCCUUUUGCAAAGACUGUUGGCUUUUGAUCCAAAGGAUAGGCCGACUGCUGCAGAGGCGCUGGCUGAUCCUUACUUUAAGUGCCUUGCUAAGGUUGAAAGAGAACCUUCUUGUCAGCCGAUCUCGAAGAUGGAAUUUGAGUUUGAAAGACGACGGUUGACAAAGGAUGACAUUAGAGAACUAAUAUACAGGGAGAUACUAGAAUACCAUCCGCAGCUGCUCAAGGAUUAUAUGAACUCUGAAGGCUCAAAUUUUCUAUAUCCUAGUGCCAUUGGUCAUUUGAGGAAACAAUUUGCGUACCUAGAGGAAAAUAGUGGCAAAAGUGGGCCAGUCAUACCUCCAGACAGGAAGCAUGCUUCACUUCCACGAUCUACAGUUCACUCCAGUGCAGUAAACUCCAACGCUCAACCCAGCUUAAACGCAUCAGACAGUCGACGUGUUUCUAUUGAGCCUUCAAGAAAUGGAGUAGUUCCAUCAACUUCAGCAUAUUCAACAAAACCUUUAGGGCCUCCACCAAGAGUACCAUCAGGUAGACCAGGCCGUGUUGUGGAAUCAUCUGUAACUUAUGAAAAUGACAGAAACCUUAAAGAGUCGUCCUAUGAUGCAAGGACAUCAUAUUACAGAAGCACAGUACUCCCUCCACAGACCGCAUCUCCUAACUGUUUCUUCCAUCCUAACACCAUGAACCAAGAGAAGCGUGGUGGUACAGAAGCUGCAUCUCAGCCAAAACCGCAGUUUGUACCCACCCAAUGUAACUCUGCCAAACCAGCUGAGCUGAACCCAAACCCUUAUGUCCAAUCACAACACAAGGUGGGUAUUGAUGCUAAGCUGUUGCAUGCACAAUCCCAAUAUGGUCCUGCUGGAGCCGCCGCAGUUGCAGUAGCAGCUCACCGGAACAUUGGCGCUGUUGGGUAUGGCAUGUCUUAGAAUUUAGCACAUUGGCGCUGUUGGCUAUUGCCAGAAACUCCUCUUGUUAGUCGUUAUGUAAUGUAAGUAUUAUUCGAUCAAGCCUGAUUUGAACACAUUUGAGAUUGUAAUAAAAAUGGUUCAGUUUA